GAAACUUUGAGAAAAAAGGUGAAAAGCAAAGAGCGCUGCGGAGAGAAGAGUGAAGAAGAACUAGACGAGAUUGUCUGUGGAGGGAGAGACUGAACGCACCGAGAAGAAGAAUGUUUGUUCUCUUCUGGGCAACUCUGCUUUUCUGUGUGAGCGGCAGCAAUGCUGACACAGGCACAUCACGACAAUGUAAUGGAGAAUACUGCAUCACACUUAGCGAUGGACUGCUAACAGCAGAGGCUGGACUCUGUGUUGUGAUCCCGUGUUCUUUCCAGACUGCUUAUGGCUUUACACCCCAAAAUUUAGUUUGGUACAAAUGUAAACAAUAUAGAAGAUGUUACAACGAUGAUAAUAUAAUAUUUGACAGCAACAACAAAAACCAUCAGUCUGAAUUUCAAGGACGAGUGUCACUUUUGGAGCCUGAUGUGAGACAGAACAACUGCAGCAUCAUCAUUAAUGAUCUCAGAGAGUCUGAUUCUGGAUCAUAUCAGCUCAGAGUUAAUGGGAAGCAUGAUGGAUUCACAUUCCCUGCAAGGGCAACUGUCUUCAUUGGAGGUCUUACUCAGAAGCCCAGAAUUAAGAUUCCUCCAAUGACAGAGGGACAGCAGGCCACACUGACCUGCAUUGCUCCUGGUCUCUGCUCUGGAUCUAUUCCUGAAGUCAGCUGGACAUGGAGAGGAGCAGGAGGGACUGAAUCUUACAUUACAGGAAACAGUACCUCAUUUAGAACUAAGUCUCAAACUGCUUUCUCACAGAGACACAUUGCAACUCUGACCUUUAACUCUUCAGCUGAACACCACAACACCAAUAUCACCUGUAAGAUCCGCUUCACUGGUGAAAAAACUACAGAGGCCAGUUCAACUUUAAAAGUGAACUAUGUGAAGGAAGUUAAACUCACUGGGGGUACAAAUGUGAAUGAGGGUGAGACUCUGAAUCUGACCUGCAGUGUUGAAAGUUUCCCUCCAUCUCUGAUAAUGUGGUCUAAGCUUGGUUCUAACAUAACCCUGUACAAUGAUACUGGAUCAGCCACACUCUUCAUAAUUAAUGCUACAACAGAACAUUCUGGACAGUACGUUUGUACAGCAAAACAUAUGAACAAUACCCCGAAGGAAAACAUCAAUAUAACAGUGAUAUAUAAAAGGACACUUCAGAUCACUGGGAAUACAACUGUUAAGGAGGGAGAUGUUCUGAAUCUGAUCUGCAGCAUUGAAAGUUUCCCUCCAGCUCUUAUUGUGUGGUCUGCACUUAGUUCCAAAACCGACCUUCAGAAUGGAACCUACACUGACCUGAACAAUGACACUGGAUCAGCUACACUUGUCAUCCACAAUGUGACAGCAGAACACUCUGGACAGUACAUCUGUACAGCAAAACAUCUGGACACAAAUAUGACUUUAUUCACUGAUGUGACUGUAACUUAUAUAAGGAAACCUCAAAUCAUUGGGAAUACAAUCAUAAAGGAGAGAGAUGUUCUGAAUUUGACCUGCAGUGUUGAAAGUUUCCCUCCAGCUCUCAUCAUGUGGAAAGCCCUUAGCGCUAACACAAAUCUUCAUAGUGGAAUUUACACUGCUCAGCACAGUGAUAAUGGAUCGGCUACACUUGUCAUCCACAAUGUGACAGUAGAACACUCUGGACAGUACAUCUGUACAGCAAAACAUCUGGACACAACUAUGACUUUAUUCACUGAUGUGACUGUAACUUAUAUAAGGAAACCUCAAAUCAUUGGGAAUACAAUCAUAAAGGAGGGAGAUGUUCUGAAUUUGACCUGCAGUGUUGAAAGUUUCCCUCCAGCUCUCAUCAUGUGGAAAGCCCUUAGCGCUAACACAAAUCUUCAUAGUGGAACUUACACUGCUCAGCACAGUGAUAAUGGAUCGGCUACACUUGUCAUCCACAAUGUGACAGUAGAACACUCUGGACAGUACAUCUGUACAGCAAAACAUCUGGACACAACUAUGACUUUAUUCACUGAUGUGACUGUAACUUGGUUUUCAAAGAUCCACGAUGGCUCCGGAUGUGUGCUUCAGGCGGAGGUUUUGACCUGUGUGUGUAUCUGUGAAGGGUUUCCUUUACCUACCAUCAAAUGGCCACUCCUGAAAAACCACAAUGAGUACUCUGUCAUUACCACUGUGACAAACCACACAGUCAACAGCACUGUCAGUCUAACUGUAAAAAAACAUGGCAACAGCUCUGUUGAAUGUGUCAGCAACAAUGGAAAUGGGGAAGCAAAAGAAAACCUCCUGAUUCAUAACUUGCCCAAGAAAGCGGUUCAGCCAUCAGUUUUGAUGCUGAAAUAUCUGGAAAUCAUCAUUGCCUUUUUCAUUGGGGUAGUUCUUACAGCAGCUGUUUGCUGUUUAACUAAAAAAUGUCUGAGAAAAAAACAGAAGAGUUCUGGAAAUUUGGAUGAGACUAUGGAGAUGGUAACAAGUCAAGAUCAUCCACAGAUAUAUGAUGAUCACACAUUACAAGACAAUCAAACCCACCCAGAAGAAGAAGCUGAAGAUGGAGGUGUGGCAGCGGAGAAAGAAGGGCCUGAAUCCAGCAGCACUCCAAAAGAAGUGGAAUAUGCCAACAUUGAUUUCUCCCUGUUAAAAAUAAAAAGUGUCAGGGAGUCAGCAAGAACACAGGACAGCACAAAGACAGUGUAUGCUGAGAUUAAGAAAGCAGUAAAAGAAGAAAAGGAAGAUGAUAAUGGAGAGGAAGGUGAAACGGUAGAGAGCAAAGAAGAGGAGGUGAGGAUGGAGGAGGACUCAAAACAGUGUGAACCGGACAAGGAGGAAGGGGAGGACGAGGCAGUGUAUUCCACUGUGAAUGAUUUAAAGGACAAAAUUUGAGGAAUGUUUUAUUGUGUUUUCGAUCUGAUGUUUUUUGUCAUUUUGUGUAUGAAUGACAAUGCUUGUCUGUCAUCCUGUGAGCUUCACACCUCUACAUGAUGAUGUAGGGUUUAUGUAAAGUAAGGACUGGAAGUUGAACAGAAUUUCCAAAUCCUUUUGUUAUUUUGCUUUAAUGUGUUUGUUUUAGUAACCUUUGCAGGUAAAAUUUACUGCAUUACUGAAGCUUUAUUUAAAACCGUUAUGUUGUCAUUACUGGCCUGAGGGGCAGCCACUUCUGUAACUGUGAUCUAAGCUAAAAUGUAGGUGUGUUUUAAAUGGUUUAUCAUGUUAGGGUAAGUGGGGCUCUGUGGUGUUGACCACACGUCUUAUGUCUGCGUAGGUUUUUGUCUGAGGGUGUUGCAAGUUCAAAAGCACACUGGCACAUUUUAAGAGCUUCACAUGUGUGUAUUCCAUUAAUGGUAACCUGUUAUCCUUGGUAUCCUCCCUGGUGAAGUAUAUGUUUUUAUCCACUGAGUUAAUGUGUUCGGUGAGGGCCUCUAUUUCUUGGAUUUUAAGUGUGACCCAGGUGUCAUCAAAGAAGUAGAGGCCUUCACUGAGCAUAUAAAAACAUAAAGUUCACCAGGGGGGAUGCCAAGGAUAAUUCCAUGUCUGUGCUGCGCUAUGCUGUGCUCACUGAGGAGUAUGGAAGCCUCAGCGCUAAAGUUUACCAGAAACCCACACACACACAGACCAGUGCCAACUCUUUGACUCCCACCACCCACUGGAACAUAAACUUGAGGUGAUCAGGACCCUGAACCACUGGGCAGAGAUCAUUUCCUCUAUGGCAAAAGGGAAAGGAAAAAUAAAGCCUUACAUGCUGAAAUGUCACCAGUUUAAGACAGGAGACACAAACCCAGCCUCCUGGGGUCACAAACUAGUGUACUCCUAAUGCUGAAGCCAAGCCCAGAUGCCCUUUCUUGUCUCUCUGCAUGGCUUGUCAUUGACAGUUUUACAUUCAGAAGUUGUGUGGUAUUUAGGCUAAUGAGAAUGCAAUGGCAAGAGCAACAUUAUCCUUAAGCUAAUGAGCAUAAGUACCUUUUUUUAAAACUUCACUAAAAAUUUGGGGGAAGUGUAGGCUAACCCUCAUAUAUAAUACCUUUUUUGAGGUUAUUGCUAGGAAAGGGGCCUUUUUUUAGGUCCUGUUAUAAACAUCUUUGUAUUUUCAAAAAUUUCCAUGGAGUAGACACACAAACAGUGCCCAACAUUUAGACCAUAUUUUUGCCUGAUCUUGCCUGGAGAGGUAAUAAAAGCUUACAUUUCAUACACCUCUAUUGCUGUUACAGUCUAAAUGGUGUAAGACAAGCAGGUUUGUUCAAAUAUGAAACUGCUCAAUAAUUUACAGAGCUGUGUCAUAUCAUGUGGAGCGUAAGUGUGUUAAGAAAAAACUGAGCAGAGAAAUUGUGGUAAGAUGUGUCACUUUUCAAUACAGACUGUCUGGCUCUCAGGUUUUGGAGCAAAGCAAUGGUUGGUACGCCAAAGCAAAGUUUGGGUUUUUGUGCUCAUAAGAUGAAGAUAUUAACUUUAAGGGGUGCACACAAAUAGAG